AGACCUCCCGUGUCUCGCGGUAACCGGGUCUGAGCCCGGCCGCUGCCUUGACUACCAGAUUCCUCAGGUAGCAGCCGGGCUACGGAGGCCGGGCGGCCAGAAGAGGGAAAGUGUUUAAGAAGCAUGUGAAAUGAAGUAAUAUGAGCUGGAGUCAUAUAGAAUCUGCAAGAAGACCCUUGGGGGGAAUUGUCUGAAAAAAGAAGACUAUUUAGACUCCUCAAGUUCUUCAUUUACACAGCUGUUAAAUCCAAGGCAACUGUGGUGAAAGCAUGCAUAAAUAUACAUCUGCUGCAGCAUCGUCCAGCCUACUUGAAAAGGAUCCUGCCUUUCGAGUGAUUACAGUUACUAAGGAAACAGGCCUAGGUUUAAAGAUCCUAGGCGGAAUUAACAGAAAUGAAGGACCGUUGGUAUAUAUUCAGGAAGUUAUUCCUGGAGGCGACUGUUACAAGGAUGGACGUUUGAAGCCAGGAGAUCAACUCGUCUCAGUAAACAAGGAAUCUAUGAUUGGUGUAUCAUUUGAAGAAGCAAAAAACAUAAUUACCAGAGCCAAAUUGAGGUCAGAAUCUCUUUGGGAGAUAGCAUUCAUCAGACAAAAAUCUUACAGUGGCCAUCUGGGAAAUAUUUGCUGUCCAUCCUCAUUAGAAGCUUCAGAAGACUGUGGACUUCAAACCUCAACAUUUAAUCCUCUUUCUCCUCCCCCUGAAACACUAAUUCCAAAGACUUCAUCCACUCCCAAGACUCAGGGCCCAAUUUUACCUUCUUUUAAAGCAAUUCAGACAAAACCUGGCUACAGUAAAACAGAACAUACUCCAGUUACUUCUUUGGACAUCAACCCUACAGAUACAUCUAAUUCAGAGAUUGCUCCUGCCUGGACUGAUGAUGAUUCUGGACCUCAAGGAAAGAAGAUUUCCCUAAAUCCUUCUGUUCGCCUGAAGGCAGAGAAACUGGAAAUGGCUCUCAAUUACCUCGGUAUUCAGCCAACAAAGGAACAACAUGAAGCCCUGAGACAGCAGGUCCAGGCUGACUCAAAGGGGACUGUGUCUUUUGGAGAUUUCGUCCAGGUUGCCAGAAAUUUGUUUUGUUUGCAGUUGGAUGAAGUAAAUGUUGGUGUCCAUGAAAUCUCCAGCAUCUUGGACUCACAGCUUCUUCCCUGUGAUUCUCUAGAAGCCGAUGAGCUGGGAAAACUUAAACAAGAAAGGGAUGCUGCUCGGGAAGAAGUGAACGCACUGAAGGAGAAAUUACUUGAAUCAGAAAAACAUAGGAAAGAGCUAACAGAAGAACUCCAGAAUGUGAAACAGAAUUAGAAAAGCUGCAUCAAAUGAGCAGCCUCUCGGAGGGUCCAGAACCUCCCACCACCACCAUAUGUACACGCCCAGAAAGAUGAUGGAUUUCGGGGCCCAGAAGUAAGUUCAGUUACUCCUGGAGCCACUUCACAAAGUAGGAAGUGCUGGAGUUGACAGAGCCACACCAUGAGGAGCUGCCUGACAAGGACUUCUGUGCCUGCGUCUGGAUGAACCAGGACACCAAAGCAUUAAUCAUAGUCGUAAAUGAUGCACCGUGGAAUAAUGAUAACUCACAAGCCCGUACCAUGUAUAAUUAGAUUAGCUAAUGGAUGGGGAAAGAGCAGCACUGUGGCUCAUGGUGAUUGUGGAGUGCAGACGGGAAACAGCAGCAACACUGCUAGAAUUGGAAAGAAGCAUUUUGAAUGUUUUAGUAAGGAUUGAAUUAGGGACAAAUUAAGAUGCUAAAUUUAGGAGGAAAUUUUAAUGAACAAGAUAUCUACAUAGUUAUGUGGUUUAAAAGUAACUCUCCAAACCACUGCUAAUUAUAAGGGAGAAAUAGUAAUUAUGCAGUGGAAAAUUGAGAAAACAGUUUGAUGCUAAAAGUUGUCCUCACCAAUGAAGAAGUCAUUGUCACUCCAAAUGUGAUACCCUGAAAAGGACACAGUGUCACCUGUGUGCUAUUCUGACUGAAAGUGUGUAGCCUAAGUCUAACCUUAGGGGACAUCUGGGUGUGUGUGUGUGUGUGUGUGUGUGUGUGUGUGUGUGUGUGUGUGUGUGUGUGUGAGUGUGUGUGUGUUAUUCUUCAGAACCACUCACCCUAAACUGAUACAAUGCUGGACAUUAAGAGGAGUUAAGAAGCAGGAAAUCUAAAAUGCCUGACCCAAGGCUGGAUCCUGUACUGGGUGUGGGGAAUAAUGAAGGACAUUACUGAGUGAUUUGACCAAUGUGGAAUGCAGAAGGUAGAGCAGAUUGAUAAAAAUAUUGACUAGAAUUUAAAACUCCUAAAUGAACUAUAGUUACAUAUCUUUAUUAGGAAUACUGUUGUACUUAAGGGGAAAGGGCUAUGAUAUAUGUAAUUUACUCUACAUGGUUAAGUAACCAUAUGCAUGCAUGCAUGUUACAUACACAUACAUAUACAUGCUGAAUAUAGGGGAGGUUGAAAACGUAAUGUUUUUGCAACAGCUUCUAAAUAUCCAUGCUUUAUAAGAAUACCUUGUAUCUCAUUCAUCAACAUGUUGGCCAAAGGCUAAAUCUGGUAUGUUUGGGAAAUCUGGGUGGAGAAUAUAAGAAAAUUCUUCUUCUUCCUCUUUAUUUUUCUUUGUUUUAUUUAUUUAUUUUAUGUGUAUGAAUGUUGGCCUGCGUGUACAUAUUACACCACAUGCAUGCCUGUUGUCCAAGGUCAGAAGAACCCAUGGAUCCAAUGGAUCUGAAGUUAUAGAUGGUUGUGAGCCACCAUGUGGGUGGUGGAAACCAAACCUGGGUCCUCUGCAAGAGCAGCAAAUGUCCUUAACCAGAGACAUCUUUCCAGAAUAAUGCUAUUCUUAGACCUAUAAAAAAAAUUAUUAUUUAUUUUUUUGUUUAAACUUUUUUCAUUUUACAUACCAAACACUGUUCCCCCUCCCUCCCCUUCUCCUGUGCCCCCCAUCUCCCCCAAUCCCACCCCCCAUUCACUCCUCAAAGGGGUAUAAGGCCUCCCUUGGGUAGUCAGCACAGGCUGGCAUACCAAGUUGGGGCAGGACUAAGCCCCUCCAAUAUUAAAUCCUCUAUAGUUCAGCAAGUUUUCAGACUUUUGUUUUGAGAUAGCCAUACCCUGUAACCUGGGUCAGCCUCAAACUAAUGACAGUUCUCCUGCCUCAGCCUCCUAAGUGAUAGAAUUACAGUUUAAACAGUCUUUUUUGUUGUUUUAGUCUUUAAUUAAAGUGUAUAUGUGCGUGCGCACCUGCAUGCACAUGCACACACACAUACAUGGUGCCUGAGCGCAUAUGGAGGUCACAGGACAACUUUAGAGAAUUAAUUCUUUUCAUCCUGCCUUUGGGUUCUGGGAAUGGACUGGCUCAUCAGGCGUGGCCAUGGACAUCUUUACCUUCCUAGCACCUAAUUGGUCCCUGACCCUUAUUUUAUGAUCUAUUUGAUGUUAUGCCUUUUAAGUUUUUUUUACUUCUAUGUCUUCAGUACCUGUACCUUCAGUAUGCUUUACAUCUCAGUGUUUCUUUGUGUUCUGAAAGUGGGAUUUAUGAAUCUUCCUAGUUAAAUUUUAUGUGUAAAAUAAAUUAAGGGAUGUUCUCACUACAUUUAAUUAAAACUUUCUGUUUUCCUAAGUUCUUGGGGUGCAUUAACUGUUGAUUACCAACUAUGUUUGAUGUAAUGGUUACAUUAAAGCUGACAGAAGACACAAAUCUGAGAAAGGGAGGAAGGAAAGGAGCCUGCAGAUGUACUGUCUUUUCCCCGCAAUACCUACCCUUUCCACAUAAGGCCUUCCUGUAUUUAUUUCUCUGAAAUGAUUAUUUUCCAUUAUACAAAAAAAAUCAAAUAUAUCAAUAAAUUAUCUGUAUCAGAACUUAAUUUGAAUAAACAGGGAAAUGAAACGAGAUAGAUGAAAGUGUGAAGAGAUUCUUACUCUUCUAUGAUGGGUGAAUGUGCAGAAGCACAGGUGUAGGAGAUGAGGGGCUACUGAACGAGUGUGAGUAUUAGACCAUGUAGGCUUGUACCCCCAUCCUUCCUCAUGUUAGCAGGUCACCUCCAGCAAGUUACUUUGCCUUCCUACGCCUGUGUUUGAUAAUAGGAUCCGUCCCAAGAAUGUCAGAAUUGAGUUAGAGUAAAUCCAUACAGUGUGCUGUAUACCACCCAUAGUAAACACUCAAGUAUUAACAUGACUAUUAGAAGUCAUAGAAGGAAUGUUAAAAGAUGACUGCAAUUUGUUUUAGCCAUUUAAUUUAGAGGGUAAAUGAAAUUCUAGCUGAGGGAUUAGAGAACUUCUCAUAGAUGGGUAGGGUAUAAGCUGGGCUUAUAACAGUGUGAACAUUCUUUCAUAGCAGGGAGAAACAUGUCUGUAGGGCCAGAGGCCAUUUUUGUGUUUUUAAAUUUUCACUGUGUUUGUAUCUUUGUGUCUGAUAAAGUAAUAAUAAAGUCAACCUGUAAUUUAUCCCGAGAA